GUCUGGGGUGCUCUCCGAGAGGCCAAGAUGCGGCCUCCGGAGUCUACAGUCUGGGAAUGCCACGGCACAGGGACGUCCUUGGGCGAUCCGAUUGAAGUGGGCGCCAUCCGAAAGGUUCAGAUCAAAGAGCCUCGACAAGAACCGCUUCUGAUCGCAAGUAGCAAGUCGAAUCUGGGCCACUUGGAGGGGAGUGCUGCAGCCAUCGCCAUGAACAAGUGCAUUCUGAUUGUGAUGCAUGCCCAAGCUUUACCGACACAGCACGUGAAGACGCUGAAUCCGCACUUGGAUCAUGCUGCGUUCGAUGCUGUGUACUCCACAGAACACACUGCCUACAAGUACGCACAGGGCCACUGCCAGGUCUCCUCCUUUGGCGUGGGAGGAACCAAUGGCCAUGCUAUCUUCUGGGGCGAGAAGGCACAGCCGGAUGUGGAUUUCCGAAGAGUUUUCCUCAGGAAAAUCAUGAAGGCCACUCCGCCUAUUGUCACGGAGGGCGCCACUGAUCCUGCCCUUUGGGACUACCGUGGGCUGGACUACAAAGCCACCAUGGGUGACAGCUACAAAGUGUGCCUGGAGAAGGACCCGCUCACAGGUGAAGAAACUGUAAGCUUUGAGAAGGAGCAGGUCAAAGAAGAUCCUGCUGAAUUUUACAGCACCACUGGCAACCACAAUGACUGGGACGUUGACCGGAUGCAGGAAGGAAAUGUGCCAGGCCUGUACUGGCAAGAUAUUCCAGUUCCUGAGGGCGGAAUGCUGGAAUUCCGAAUUCUGGUAGAUGGGGAUGCAGACAAGAACAUUGGACCAGAAGACACUACUUCGAAGCCUCUUGCUGCAAUCAAGGGCCCUGACAAAGAAUUGCGGACGUCCUGGUUGGUUGAAGGAUCUCCUGGCUCCAUUCUGCGUGUGGAGUUUCUCACCUGCACAAAGGACUUGCACAGCUCUAUAAAGCCACGGAGUAUCUCUUGGGUCCCGGUGUCGUAGCGGAUGUGAACUCCUGAGAGUGUACGCGUCGCAGCAGAUCGAUCUUUAACAUUUUCAGUCAUACGGCUUUGCUUCUUAAGUGCCCUCGAUGUCAUAGGUUGUUGCAAGGUUGGAGCUGAAACAAAAGACCUAAAUUGUGCUUCGGUGUGCAGUGUCACUCAAUCUUUUCGUUUGGAUAGCUCGAACAACAAACCGUGCACAAAAUGCAGUGGCGCUUUCGCAGUACGUGAGUUGCAGAAGCUCAAAGAAACA